GCCUCCUGUUUGACGGUGCCACAAUCAAGCGAGAAACCCGCUUUCACCAUUCGUCGUGCUUCUCUCAUCAUCGCUGCCGUCCACAUCAGCUAUCAUGACCACAUUAUUUCUGUGAUUUUUGAGCCCUUUCUGGUGUGCUGACGGCCUGCCUCCUCGCUUCUCUCCUUUCUGUACCUACCAGAAACUGCCUGGUCGCCGCCAUCCUGUGGCCACCAAGGCACCGUAUCUCUCCCCAAACCAUCCACUUGCAGCGGUUAAUCCUUCACAACUUGAACUUCAAACCUUUGUUCGACCCACCACCUUACUGGAGACUGCCACUGCUACUGUCCCUUCAACCGUUUACCCUUUUGAUCGUCCUUUACCCACCGAGCCGGUGUCCGCCCCCAGAAUAGUUCUCCCCCUGUGAUUGGGAUCCUGGGCUACUUCAUCACACUACGCCCAAUUGGCACCGCAGAUUAUCCUUCUAUGGUGGCUUCUUCACUUUUGCAUUAAUUAAUUACACUUCCCAUUCCGUUCUUUUUGACUUUGGCCCUUCCCCAAUCUAUUUGGCUCUACAACGACUCUCGCUUGCCGCCAUACCGCGUGCGGUCUGUCGCAUCCAUAUUGAUUUUCUUGAUCUCUUACUCCCCGGCUUCUUCUUGGUGCCAAUCUGCCGCUUGGCUCUCUGCCUCUAUUCUUGUAUUCUUGUUCGACGGGCAGCCUCCAAGUCGACCAUAUUUCUCUGUUGUCCGAGUCCUCCGCAUCUUCCUUUUGGGCUCGUUUGGAGCUCAACUGUGCAACAAAAUCGCCAACCUUGUGUCACCAUUGACCCUCAACGUAUUCUUCUCGACGCGCAUUCACUUCUGCAUCUCACCUUGACUUCCUAGGCCGUGGCUCUUUCGAUCUUGGACUGGUCGCACAGUGUUUGGGCUCUACAAGAUUAGAGGAGGCGGCAGUGCCGCCAGUACUCUUCACCGGCUCUCGGGUAUUCCUUAUCCAACAUGUUACCACGACCACCAUCGAAUAAUGGGCGGAGGUUAUCUGAGCUUUCUUCAGAGCGCCCUCGCUCGUCAUGGGAGUCCUCCUAUUCUCCUCUUCGGCCGUUCCAACCGCCGGCCUCACGUCCCUCCACCACCGCUGGUGCUAUGGAACCCGAAAGCUCGGAUAGUGAUGUCUCGGUCGGUGGAGGAGAUGAAUACAGAUUCGCCAGUCCGUUGACGGCUCCAAUCCCUCUUCCGCCUCCCCCGUCAAGACAUGCCUUGGAGUCUUCAGAUGCAAUCCAAGCUCGUCUCGACGAGUUAGCGCGUGUGGAGGAGCACAACAUCAAGAAGUACGAGCUGCUCAAGGCCAAGCGUGCUCGCAAGGAUGACAAGAUUCGUCGCAAACGAGAAAUCCAGGACCAGAAAUGGGCGGCCAUCGUCGAGGCUCGUCAACGCCGUGACGCUAGAAUCGACGCCCGACGUACACGAGAAGACACGGCCUUUUCUCAGUUCUUCGAUCAUGAGCUGGAGGAAGAAGAGAAUAGCCUUCGUCGGCGGCUGAAGCGGUUGAAACGAGGACUACCACCAGAGGAAUCGCCUAAACGCGCCACAACAAAACCUGCCUCAUUGUCUGAGUCGCCGUCGGCAUCCACACUAUCAACUCUUCCGCCACCGCCGAAACGUCAUCAGGUUGGUCCUCCAGGCCAACCAGACUCUGUCAAUCCUGUACAGUCGAGAUCCUCGCCACAAUCCAGCCUUGCAGCGCCGUCCAAGAGCUCAAUAGCUCCAUCGCCGUAUUCCUCGUAUCAUCGAGAUUCGAGUGCCACAUACGCACGACCUUUUCAUAUCACUCCCGUGUAUUCGACGACUCCUAAUACAGUGUCGCCGAGCGGCGCGACCAAUGGUCUGGCCAACACGUCACAGUCCUCAACCGAACGAUCCCAUUUUAGUCACCUGGGUCGACCGGCUUCACCACUUUCGCGGGUGAGCUCGACUAGUCAAUCGGCUACAAACCCGGCGACGCCGGCAAACCCGCCGCGACAGAUCCCGUCGAGCUACGAUACACGGCCUCCGCCUUCCACCACACCCACGGGAUUUACAGCAAUCAAAACACCGUCCACGACAGGAUUCGCCACCAUCAACCCCAGAACAACCGCCAGCUCACCUCUUCCCAAGGUUGGACUGCCGAGACCAUUGGGCAUCACAGAUACGCUCAAAACACCGAACCAUUCGAUGGGGGGUGAUGGCAUGGAAAAUACCCGGUUCCAUGCAUACCAGACACCCAGCGCCAUCCUGGCACAUCCCGCUGGUUCCAACAAGCGCGCUCCUUCCACGACACAUCCCUACCAGAUGUCCGAGGCAUUCGCCAAUCGCCACCACCAUUGUGAACGAGUCGACAGCUUGAACCGCGGCAUUUGGACAUCAUACGGUGUGGGAGGGACAAAGGACAAUCCGACCGGCCCGCCGGUGGAGAUGUAUCUUCGGUGCAACCAUGACGGAUGUUCGCGCAUUGAUUGGCGCACGGUGCAUGGCUUACAAUGCCACAUUGUGAAGAAUCACCUUCAGCCGAAGGGCACGAUUGGGAGUCUUGACAAGGCACUAGAGAAGUAUGGCGUCCCUGUCAAAGAGGUCGAAGACUAUGAACGGAUUCAUGGAAGGGGGAGCGCCGGGACCAUGGCCGACCCCAAAAACCACAAGAUAAAAACCAAGUCUUCAGAAGCGUCAGUGGCCUCAGAGGAUGGUGGGGACCGCGCGCCAGGAUCUUAUGUCAUUGACCCUGAAGCGAGACCUGCGGGAUACAGACCAAGUUCGACUUCGACCGUUGACAGUGCUCCUGUGUCGGAAGAAGCCAAGACAAGUCCAAAGCCAGCCUUGCAAAACGGCACACAGAAGGAUUCUGCGUCACGGGUUGAGGAACCCAAGCAGUCGGCAGUGGGCCCAACACCCCCAGUUCCACCAGCCCCUGCUGGGCGUUCGUUUUCGAGCAGCAGAUGGCUCAACUCGUACAUGCUCGCACGAGAAACUGAAGCCGAGCCGAAAAGAUUGCAAGGUGAUUUCGGGAUGAGUGAGACACAAAGUCGACAUGAUGUAGAUUCACGAGGUGUUUCUUCACAACAGCCCAUCAACAACGGUGAUCACGCUCCACCAGAUCGCGCCGACGAAGCCACUGCGCCGAAGUCUUCUCCAACGGCGACCGGUGAGGCUAACCCAGCCCCAAGAACGACAAGUUCUCCUACGGCUUCCUCGGUAACCUUGCCAUCAGCGAAGGGGUCUACAGAUCCGCCUUUGGAUCCUGCUCCAGAAGCUACGGCGUUGGAGGCUCGUGACCAAAAGCAACCGGCCCAAGACGAUGGUACCACAACUGAGAAUGCAAUCGCUCCACAGAGCACCGACAACCAGCAAGGACAAGCUCCCUCCUCCGCCGAGCAAGAUGCUGGAAAAGGAGCUGACGGAAAUAUCAACGGUCAAUCAGCGGGUGGUAAGAGCGAAGAUAUCAAAGUUGAGGAACUAGCCCAGCCUGAUGGAGCAGCCCAAGUAGAAAGUCCGUCGGAUCCUUCAGAGACGAUUGUUGUGGACGGUCAGUCGGGCAAGGAGGCGCCCACGAGAAAGAAGAUCCCUCAGUCACCAAGCAUCGCCAACAAGAGCAUCACCACGACCACCACCACACCGACCAGUGUCCGACGAAUGAGUCGACGAUCUAGUGCAGCAAGGAGAUCGGUGGAUGUCGAUGGCGACGCAGGACACGGCAAGGACGCUCGAGCAACAACUACUACCGUGGAAGAAGAUGGCGAGGACAAUGAGGGCAAAGAGGAAAAGGAGAAAGACACUGUCAAACCCGGACCCAGACGGUCGAUGCCUGGACGCUCACUACGCCGAGGUCGGGUUUAAUCUGUGUGGCGUGUUUUCAAGAUUUGCCGCAAGUCGGGAUGUCUGGACGAGUUUGCUAGUUUCUUUUUUUCUUUUUCAUGCGGCUUGCGGGACAUGAGUUUAAGGCGGAGGACAUGGCGAAGCCCUUUGGUUUUGGGUUCCAGGCCCGCUGAUCUGGUAGCGACAGGAUUUGGUCUCCCAGUGGUCUGACCAUAGUGAUGGCGACGGUGGCAGCAUUCAUAUCUUGUAUGAGUGGUACUGGGACUGGGAUAGUUGUACUUGGCAGCAACUUAAUGCGAUGGAUUGGGCGAGGGAGGGGGCAGGGCUGGAUUGACUGACUGGGAGCGAACAGCACGGGAAUACAACUAAUAUCUCUCAGGUGGUGUUGGAGGCGCUGGUGACACGGCACGGUCGACUCAACAAGCUGCGAACAGCAAGCACCACUGCCCUGAAUCAAGCAAAGCAACGAGGAAGCAGACCAACAGCGAAACAAGAGACAUGAGCUCAGAUAUUUAUCUCACUGCAGUGCUACCUAAUUAAUAAUGAUAUAGUUAUACUAGCAUGACCACUGCACAUUCUCGG